CCAGAUUCCACCCACUGAAGUCCGCUUUCAACGAUAGUUUCGAGACAUGUCUCCCGAAAGACGCGAAAACCGCUCUGCUCCCAUUAACAGACGUAUUUUGGUCGACAUUGAAGACACUCUGGACAAUGACCUGAAUAUCCAUGAUGUACCAUUUACAUACUCUCGGGAGUAUGGUCUGGAUCCACCAAAUCCAUUUGUCCAGCUACAGGAUUUCGGAGCAAUUGGUCUUCCUUUGAGCGAAAGAGAUGCGCAAGCCUUCAUCUCGUUCAGCGAGAAAGACGCGUCUCAGCCAACGAACUUGUGGGAGUUUUCGGCCUGUGAUGUUCACUUUAUGAAUCCCAAAUGGGGCCAGUGGGUGAAGAACACGGUAGCUAAGGAUGUCCGUCACGUCUUAGGGCUUCCUCCAUGUGAAUGUGAAUUUGGCAAAAUGUCGUUACAAUCAGCUGGGUCAGCAGCACGACCCCCGCAAGAUUCCAGGCAAUUGAAAGCAUCUGAAGAUCGACCAGUGUUCGGUACGAUCGAAAUACUCCUACCAUCUUCGUUUAUAGGUGGAGACGUUACCAUCGCGUAUCCCGCCAUUCCCUAUGAACGGACGACCACAACAGAGGAAAGCUGUUUUAGCACCUUCGUUCUUGGCUUCCGAGCGGGCGCUGUAGAGACAAUCGCGCCUCUGCAGUCUGGCUACCGAUUAUCUCUAACGUAUUAUCUGGUUCAUUCUGGCAACGACUCGCAGCUGCAGACGUCUUUCGACCUCGCUGCCGCGAAGGAAAAACUUCGCAGUAUUCUCAGUACAUGGAAAACGGAUGCUUCGUCUCCCAAUGUGAUACCGAUAAAACUCGUUCACAAGUAUACAGCAGGCUCUUCCUUCAGUUCCAUGUCUUUACGCCAUCCAGACGACGUGCUAUUGUUGUGUCUUCAAUCCAUUACCGCAGACCUCCAUCUGCCAAUGUUCAUCGUUCAUGUCGAACACUAUAGGGUCUCUUUUCUCAGUAUUGACGGAGACCACUCCGAUAUCAAAGACGAGGAAGAUACGCUUCGUGAAACACGUGGAUAUUAUAGGUCAUACGAUGAAUUGAUGAGAUUUUUGGAGCUGUACGGUGACGAAGAUGAGUACCGCGUUGGCAACGUAAAACCGAACGGCGGAUACCGUUAUGGAGGAAUGGUAAUCAAACAGAUUGUUGACAUGGAAGGCAUGCCAGUGACUGUUCAUAACCUGGAUUUUCCUGCCCAAAGUAUAAUCCACGAUGCUUAUGACGUCCGGUAUAACUCGUUCUACGAUGACCCGGAAAUGGAUCGCACUGUGCGAGGAAAACCUGACUUCGAAGACCUAGAUGUUGAAUAUAACCACAAAGAUCUAGUGACUGGAGAUUAUCUUGAAGUCUGGAAGGACACUCUCCUCGUGCUCUGCGGAGAUCCUCCUUCGUGGACGGUCACAGUUGGAGAUGUCUUUGAUUACGCUUGUGACCAUCUGGAAUUGUCGCAGAGUCCCAAGGCCGGCACUAAUGAAAAUAAGUUGGUCGAAGCAUUGCUGGAGUGCUGCAAAAAGCCUCAGUCUCUCAAGAGACCGAUGGCGGACAAGGAGGCAAAGCUUAAAAGAGCAGCAAUGUUACUUGUGGAUAUUGCCUCCAGAUGGAAUGAUGUUGGCCUCUUCGACAAAACUGUUGAAGCAUACGAUAUCAGGAGAAAAAUCGAUCGCAUUGGAAGUCAAGGAUUUGUGACUGCGUAUAAUACAUUUCCUUGGAUGAGUGUAAAGGCUUUUUUCAGUGAUGCCAUCAUCCAAGGAGAAUCUAAUCCCUAUCGAACCGAUGUUCUCAGAACGUUGAAGCAGGCUGCCGAGGCUAAAGCAGAUUUCGAAGUCGUCAGAUGGUGCCAAGAAAUCGAAGAAACAAUCUAUUUUAACCUCAAGCCAGUCGACGAAACGCAAGUCAGCUGGCUGGUGGAUCUAGCCAAAGAACGUGGCGUGUCAUUUUUCAGAAAUCGUUUUUUCGAACGAUUUAAAUCGGAUAAAAAUCUCCCAGUGCGCUUUUGGCUCUCCCUAUCACAGAACCUUAUACAAAGCCAACAUGCGUUCGGCCCGCUUGCACGAGAAACAUCUGAUGCUCUGAUAUCAGAGCUUACCGCUUUGGCUGUUCAAAGCCUGCCUGCGUUUCCUUUAAAGGAAAUUGUAGUUCCUCCUGAAGAGAAAUGGCAUGUGUUCGAGAUUCCAGCUGAUAGUGAUAGUGAUUCUGCUGAAGAUGUGUAUGAAGUAGCACCCGAGUACGAGAUGGACAUUGAUCUCAUCAUGGACAUCAUCGGACUAUGCGUUCGGUCGAAUAACUCAAAGCAUUGCGCGGGCAGAAAUACCCUCCUUGGUAUUUUUAUCGGAGUUUGGCUCUGAAGAUCGACGUCCUCUUGACUUCGGCAACAAAUGUGGACACUUGCAACGACCCAUGGACUUCUUUCUUCCAAGCUGCAGCACAGGUGCUGGUUUUUCAUAGUCCUCUGACAGCGGAUUCGGACUUGGAUCUGCUUACUAUGACCAUCGCACGAGCAGGCGGUGUCAUGACGUUAGAAGAAAUACUAACUCCACAAGUCCUCGUUGAUUUGGCAAAGAAGGAUCUGCCUUCCUUCAAGGGACUCGUGAUUCAUCUAUAUUCAA